CAGUCGAUAAACAAGUACAAUCAAAACUAUGGCUACUCAUCAAUCUAUCCCUGUACCAGGUUCGUACGCGGCCAGAAACCUCCCGCACAGUGCACCUGGUGCUUUAGGUGGACCAGUGCCGGUCCAGGGCAAACCAAGACCCAAUCCUGCUGCUGCACCCGCCAUUCAGUAUACUCCCAACGACUUGUCAAUUCCAGCAAAACUUUAUCAAGAUACUCCCAAUCUCGAGUUCUACAAGAAACUUCUCGAUGCGGAACGGGAAAUCGACUUGAUAAGUGUCAAGAAAGAGUUGGACUUUCAUGUGAUCCAUGCUAAAUCGUUACAACCCAGCAGUUUCAAGAAAGAAACUGGUACCUUGAGAGUUUACGUGUAUAAUACCUGUGAAAAUCAGCCAUGGCAGAAACAAUUGGCCCAGCAACGAGGUGAACCCGUUGACCCAGCAGCCGAAGGAUUCUGGACUUUGAAAGUAGAAGGAAAAUUCUUACACAAAGAAGGAAAAGAAGCGACAAACAAGUUCAGCUCCUUCUUAUCGGGUAUAUCAGUUGACUUGAUUAUUAACGAAGACUAUCCGCACUUGGCCGAGAAUCAAACGCAUGUGGUUGAAUGGAGAGACCAAUACCCCCAGUAUCAACAAAGACAGAGUGAAUUUGAUGGGUUCGAUGUUAAGAGACCUGGAAUCUUCAACUUAAAGUGCAAAAUUGCCAUCUUGAUUAAAGAGCAAACGGCCAGGUUUAAAAUGAGUCCUAAAUUUAGCCAAUUCAUCGGCAAAGAAGAGGCCACUCAACAAGAAUCUAUUCAAGGAAUCUGGCAGUACAUUUUAUUCAAAGGCUUGAUCACCAAAAAGGAAGUAGCUCAAGUAGAUGCUGUGACCAGCACCACUCCUGGCCUUAACGAUGCUGCAAUGGCCAUUGACACUGCCAAGGACUUGACGGUAGUGAAGUGUGACGAGGUUUUGCAAGAUUUGUUAGGAGUAGAGCAGUUUAGGUUCAGCGAAUUAUUUCAACUUAUUCAGCCUCAUUUCUUGCCCAGGCAACCGAUAAUAUUGGACUAUGAAAUCGACACCAGGAGGUCCACCACCUUAGGCGACUUAGCGCUUGAUAUUCCUGUGGAGUUACCCACGGACAUUGCGCACUUGCAAAGAGUCACCAGCGAUGAGCACAAGAAAGUGUUUGCAGAAUCUGCUCAAACGCUCGUACAAAUUGCCGAUUUGAACAGUAAAAUAGCGUUGGGUGUUAGCAAGUUGAAAAACUUGGACACGAGAAGAGACUUCUACAAAGAGUUAAACGAAAACCCUGUGGAGUUCAUUAAACAGUGGACCAAGACUCAGCUGGAAACCCUCAAGAGUUUGAAGAGCGAUGAAGGGUACGACGAAGAAGUGGUCAGAAGAGCCCAAUACUUUGAAGACCACGAAGACGUGUUGAAAGAAAAAAUCGAUGUAUUAUUAGGCACCACCAAGUUCUGAACAUCAUUCCUGAUGAUGAUUAAGUAUUGUAAUAAAAGCCACGACCACUACCUUGUAGAUCACCUAACUUAACUCCGGUGCUUAGCGCUAACCAUUUUCAAUCUACCAAUCAGGAAGGACAAGCAUUCUGAACAUCAGCAGAAUUGACGGGUAUUGUGCCAUAAUAGUCCGGAUGCUAGAAAUAUUCUAAAAACACUCAUCCUGAGCGGUAGAAUCUCACCGGGGAAAACUACCUAGAUACAAUAAAAGUGGAGUCAUCGUCAAUGGAGCCCUUAUGGGAACAAAGGCCAGUAUAUACGAAAAAAGGUGGAGUAGGU